UCACUGAUAUAUUCAAUCAAUUUGAUCUUUGAUGCUAGCAACAUCACUGCAACUAGAAGAAAAUGGCAAAAGAAAAAUUUGGAAAGAGGAAGAUAGCACAAUGAAAAUUAAAGGCGCCGCUUCCGCAACCCAAAUUUUCCAAAUGACUAUGAGCUCUAUAUUUCUCAGUCUCUCAUGGCUACUUCUCUAGUGCCCAGAUCCUUGUUUGGCAUUCUUCAUCUUGUUACCACAACCCCUUUUACUUUGGCCCCUCAAUCAUUCAAUCCCUUCAAGUUUUCUGCAGCUCGAACCAUGAGUUCUGAGUCAACUCAGCGCCUUUUCCAGCUACGGUUUGAUCCACUUACCGGUAACUCGGAGUGGGUAGUCAUCGAAGAAGAGGCUGAAGGAGUUCCAGAGAAUUCUCAGAAACCCCUUUUGGCGACAACUUCAUAUUUGGAUAUGCUCAAUGAUUCCACUAGAAACAGAGCGUUUUGUGAAGCCAUUGAUAAGACUAUAUCAAAGCCUUGCCAUGUUCUUGAUAUUGGUGCUGGAACUGGUUUGCUAUCAAUGAUGGCUGCACGAGCAAUGGACUCUGUCAUAGGUGAUUGCAAGGGAAUGGUUACGGCUUGUGAAUCUUAUCUUCCAAUGGUGAAGUUGAUGAGGAAAGUCUUGCGUCUUAAUGGAAUGGAAAGGAAAGUAAAAGUUAUUAACAAACGCUCUGAUGAAUUUCAGUUUGGUGCUGAUUUUACUUCUCGAGCUGAUGCCCUUGUUAGUGAGAUUUUGGACUCAGAACUGUUAGGUGAGGGGCUUAUACCGACCUUACAGCAUGCACAUGACAAACUUUUAGUGGAAAAUCCACUGACUGUGCCAUACAGAGCAACCAUAUAUGGUCAGCUGGUUGAGAGCACAUACUUGUGGAAGCUUCAUGAUUUACGUAACAAUGAAGCAAAAGCAUGUGAUGGCAUCCAUCUUGUUCCAGUAGGGGAUCCUAUCAUAUGUGUCAAGCCACAGCAAUAUGCAAUGCAUUGUGAUGCGAUUGCCAAUGAAGUAAAGCUGCUCUCAGAACCCUUCAGAGUUUUCGAAUUUGAUUUUUGGAAACGUCCAGAGAGUCAUGCUGAAAAUGAGGUGCAUGUCAAGGCAACUGACAGUGGUAGAGUUCAUGCUGUAGUUUCAUGGUGGACGCUGCAGCUUGAUCGUGAAGGAACAAUCUUUUAUUCUACUGCCCCGAAGUGGAUAAGUCCACCUUAUAAUGCAGGAGCUGGUGACUGGUGUGACCAUUGGAAACAGUGUGUUUGGUUUAUCCCAGGCAAUGGUGUGUCAAUAUCCAAGGAAGAAAAGGUUCAUUUAUGUGCUUCUCAUAAUGAUACUACCUUCUCAUAUCAUCUGAAGGCUCAAAUUCCAGGAGGUGAGAUUUUGAAGCAUGGUGUCAAUGCCGAGAAUUUUAAACUCAUACUGCCACCAGAAAGAAUUGCAGUUUAUGGAGAUAGAGAAUGGAGACUUGCAAUGUUAACGGCAAUAAAAACUGCGUUGCAGGGAAGAGCUCCCUCUGCAUGCAUGAUUGCAGAUGAUAGUGUUUUCUUGACGCUUAUGGUUGCUUGCCUUUCGAAAAAAACGCUUGUUUUGUCAUUGUUUCCUGGGAUUCGGGAAAAGGGUACCAAGUAUUUGCAGGCUGUUUCUCGUGUAAAUGGUAUCUGUAUGGAUAGCAUAAAAGUUAUUGAAAAGAGGAAAUCGUGCUUGACCAUCCACGAUACAUUUGAGAAAAAGGUCGACUUGCUUAUCAGUGAACCAUUCUACUACGGAAAUGACAAUGCACUCCCAUGGCACAACCUGCGGUUUUGGAAGGAAAGAACGAUGCUCGAUCCGGUCCUAUCUGAUGAUGUGCUAAUAAUGCCUAGUAAAGGCAUAUUGAGAGCUUGUUUCAUGUCAUUGCCUGAUCUAUGGAGCAGCCGCCGUCGAUUGGGAACAAUCGAAGGUUUUGAUCAUUCUGUUACAAAUGACACAUUGGGAGCUUGUGGCAAGUCACCUGAAGGACAAGAAGGCCCAUUUCUGGCUUUCUACAUCUGGCAAUGUGGAGAACAUGAGGAACUCAGUGAGAUAUUUACAUUGAUGGAGUUUGAUUUCUCAAAACCAAUAAGUCCUUGUAGUGGGAAAAGCCAGGUUAAGGUAACCAAGGCUGGAAUAUGUCAUGGAAUUGUACUGUGGAUUGAUUGGCUAAUAGAUUCAAAGAACUCCAUUGUCAUAUCCACAGGCCCAGAUAAAAGAUACUGGAAGCAAGGAGUUAAGCUUCUUGCUGACCCUGUGGCAGUUGGACCUCGAGAUUCUGGUGAGGGCAUCGAAUGCUGCUCUGCUGCCAUCGAAGCAUCUUUUGAUCCAUCAACUGGUGAACUUGAGUUACGACAUUCUUUUCUGUAAUACAAUAAAGCUUUUCGCUAUCGAUCUGAUACAGAUGACAGGAUAACGAUGAUCACUGCCCCGAGUCAGCUCAAAAAGAAAAAUCUUUGGAAUGGAUCACAAUGGUAAUAUGUUCAAAAGGCACAAACCAGGUCGACUCUUAUGUGAUUUUAUUCUGUCUUUAGAUAAAAGGGUCAUUUAGAGCUUCUUUCAGUUGAUUGAAGAUCAAUAGGUUUGUAACUUCUUAUUUAUUUUUAUUAACUGAUGAAUGAUGAUGAUUACGUUGAUUGAAUAGGUUGUCAUGGUAAGUUCUUUUUGUUUUAGUUCUACUUUUAUUGUAAGAUACAAAGUUGUACCUCCCUUUUCUACAAUGCAAUCAUAGUAUAGUUUUGGCAAA